AUGUGCUACCAAGGGUCUUUCAUCCUGCCCAUCUACAAGAACUGGAUUCUUGUGAGUAGGAUGAAGUUCAUGUUACUUGGGAAGUAUGAAAAAGUACCACCUGAACCCGAUAACGACGAGGGCGCAUACAAUUUCUAUGAUGGUGAGAUAUUAGAUGAGAUGACAACAAGCAGAGGUGAACUAAAGCUUAUAACCAGCUUCACAUGCUCUUCCAUGGAAGAGUGUUAG